AUGCCACAAUCCUCUGAAAGACAAGCCUCAGGAGAACAAGCCCCAUUCACCUUGGACAUGAGCCAAGUCCAAGAGGCCAUUGCUAGCCUAUCAAAGCAAUACCUAGAAAGCCAAGAGCAACAGAGAAACCUCCAAGUACAAAUGAUGAACCAACAAGAAGAAUUACACUCCCAAUUGAUGGAUCAUCAAAGAGAAUGGCAAAAGCAAUUGAUGGAGCAGCAGCUUGAACAAGGCAGCCAAUUUGGUAAAUCCAUCAACAUGAUAAAUCAAAGGCAAGCCCAACAACAAGAAGCCAUCCAAAAAUUGAUCCACAUGCAAGCUCACCAAGCUACACAUAUCCAUGAAAUGCACCGAAAGCAACGUGAGCAUAUGGAUGCAUUUGAUGAGUAUAGGGCAUUUCAAGAAGGGGUUUAUCUGAGAAGAGCUGGGUAUGACAUAAAUACUCAAGCUAGGCUUGGUUACUUAGUGGGGCAACUACCCGUGCUAAAUCCAGGAAUCAGAAGGUAUGAAGAAGUCCAUGAAGAGUUAGCAUGGGUGGAGAAAGAAAGAGCAUAA